ACCAACAGCGGUUCUUCUGCCCUUGGUAGAAUCUUUAAUGAUCUGUGUUGCCAUAAAUCUUAUUACUCAUUGGUUGAGAUUUGUUGACUUUGUGUACUAUCAUAGUGGAAACCAAACAUUCUCAUUCUUGAGGAAUUACCUGAAAAUGGAAACAGCAACCUUGGUAGUUAUCUUUAUAUCUUGUCUGCUUGUAAGUUUUACUGGUUAUGCCCUGUAUACAGCUUUUGGACAGCCUUCAAAAGAACUUCGCGAUCCAUUUGAGGAACACGAAGAUUAAUUUUCUAGGCCUUUCCCAAACUUCACAGGAAUACGGGGAGGGCCACCCUAUAAUUCAUAUUGAAAAGAAUAAGAUGAUCCUUGUAUUACUAUACAAAUAGAUAAAUAGGAUACAA